AUGAGUUUACAUAAAAUCAAUUGUGUUGUUGUUAAAGAUAUUCCAGAAUCGGAAGGUCAACAAUGUCAUGAAUUAUCAUUUCCAAGUGUUCAACAGCCACUUUUUACUGAAGCAGAACUGAAACAAUUUCUUACCAACGAACAAUACAAUCAAUAUUGCAAUUUAGACGUGUCAAAGAAACUUCUUACUGAAGAAGAAUUAAACACAAUACUGAAAAUAGAUCAAAACAAUACAAAAUUAUUAACUGAUGUUCAAUUUAAUAAUCAAUCAACAUCAAAUACUCAAUCAGUAUCAGCUAUAAAUGAUAAUGCUAUCAAUGAUCAACAACAUGAAAAUAAUGAAUUAAUAUCAACAUCUGGAAGUGUUGAACUAGUGGAAUCGACUAUUCCAGAACCAACAAUAACAAUAACUCCAUAUGGUGUACAAGAGAAUACUGCUCCUUGCGGUUACUUGGUUCGUCCUAUUAAUCCAUUGUUUCGUGCACGAAAUGAAAGUGAACUAUCUAAAUUGGGUGCAAAUAGCAAAACCAGUUCUAUCCUGGAUAUUUCUGAAAAACAAAUUACUUUCGGAUGUUAUGAAAAAGAUUUUGGUGAUAACGCUGAAAUUACUUUAUUGGCAAAAACACCUGAAGGUCAAUACAUAUAUAGUGUGCAUUCGUUUUUAAUUGUAUCUCCAAAUAAACAAAGGGAACUUUAUAAGUCAAUUAUUGCUAAUAUUGAAACUGACCAUAAUGAUAAACGUAUCACAAUGAAUUUAAUUAUUGCAAAAAAAUGUCAAAAAGAUUUUGAACUCCAAAAUCAAACAAGUAACCAACUUCCUAAUCGUGAAAAUUCUGUAUUUAAAAUAAAAUAUUUUCCAUCCGGUGUUGAAGAAGAAAUUCGCGGUUUAAAACCACGACAAUUUUUUGCCAAGUAUCGUUUCCAUCAAAUGUAUCUUGCUAUUCGACCUGUUCCUGUUGAAUCUAAUGAAGAAACAUCUUGUGCUGAUUCUAAAUCACCUAUAAUAUAUACAAACUGUUUCAUUGGAGCUGAUUCUAAUAUAGAAGACUAUAUCAAUGAAGUUAACAUCAAAUUGAAAAUCUUUCGUGUAGGAUUGAUAGGAGGUCCUGGUUUUCCAGGUUAUAAUACUUCAUGGUUUAUUAAAUGUUAUGAUGAGAUUCCUGAAACAUUUCAUUGCACAUUACCAUCUGGUCGCAAUUAUACUGAAAUUAAAAUAUCAACAAAUCCAAAGUCUCCUGUGUUAUAUAAAAUUCUUCAUGGAAAUACCACGCACGAGAAGAUUUAUAUACAGAAUAUUUAUAAUAAAAAUGAAAUAGCAUUGUAUAUUGUCGGAGAAAAUUUAUUGAGACCUCAGUCAUCAUUGCCUUCUAUUUGUUCGGGAGAUUCAAGUGCAAUAAUCAAUAACACAGAUAAUUAUUUUGAUCUGCUAUUAUGUUUAUGUUAUUUCGAUGGAAUCGAACAGAAUAUUAAAACUUAUGAUUAUACGCAUUCAAAAUCUAUUAGAUUUAUCAUAAAGAAUGGAAUGGUUAUGGAAAUAGUAGAUUCUCCUAUACAAUAUGAACAAAAUUAUCCUGUAACAUCUAAAGAAACUGGUCAAAAACGUCGCAUUGAUACAAAUAAUAAUUCUGGGAAUCAUCAAAAUAUUAAAAAAAGGUGUUAA